AUGGAGGACAUCAAGGACUCUCUUCAGAGGUGUGGGAUAAGGAGGGAUGUUGAUGUUUGCCAAAUCAGCCUCAACAGAAAAAAACUCACCAGUGUUCCCGACUUAUCGAGAUUUCACUUUCUGAGGAGGCUGUGGCUGAAAAACAACAAGAUCAGAGAGCUCAGCUGUCGUUCCAUCAACUGCUGCUUGACUGAACUUUACCUUCAAAAUAACAACAUCAAAUCUAUUUCUGGAGCUUUAAAUCAUCUGACCUGCCUCCGGCUUCUUUUCCUCCACAACAACCAGAUCAGAGGGCUGGACGACACGAUGCAUGAGCUCAGGAAAAUGCAGCAGCUCCAAACUGUCAAACCUGGAUAUCGCCCCCACGUGAUACACUACUUGCCUUCUAUUCAGGUGUUAGACAGAAAAGAGGUGAAGUCAGUGGAGAGGAGGAGGUCCUUCCAGAUGCACAGCCAGGACCGCCAUCGUGUCCUCCAGUCUGUGGCCUUCGGCAGACGAGCCUCAUAG